AUGGCCAAGUGGGGCCAGGGGGACCCGCGCUGGAUCGUGGAGGAGCGGGCGGACGGCACCAACGUGAACAACUGGCACUGGACGGAGCGGGACGCGACCAGCUGGUCCAAGAGGAAGCUGAAGGAGGUGCUGGAGGGGCUGGUGGUGGAGGGCGAGGCUGGGCGCUGCGAGAUCGGCGACCUCAAACACGUGGAGGGCGAAGCGUCCUGCAACAGCCGCAAAGGGAAACUCAUCUUCUUCUACGAGUGGAACCUGCGCCUCAGCUGGAAAGGUACAGUGAAAGAGUCUGGUGAGAAACAUAAGGGAUCUGUUGAAAUUCCUAACCUGUCAGAAGAAAAUGAGGUAGAUGAUACAGAGAUAAAUGUGAGCAAGAAGAAAGGGGAAGGUGAUGUUCUGAAGGACCUGAUGAGAACUGAAGGAACCACCAAAGUCAGAGAGGCCCUGAGGGAUUACCUGAAAGCACUUAAAACAGAGUUCACCUUGGGAAUGAUUCUGCCAACUAAAGCUCCUGCUGGUCAGGAACUGGCCAUGGAGCAAAAACCAAGUGGGAGCACCAUGCAGGACUCUGUUACACCACAGUCUCUGGAUAUGGUCGGAGUAAAAAUUCCAACAGUGAGGAUACAUAUGAGAGAAGUCUUCAACUCUACAGCUGAUGAACUUUACAGCAUCUUCACAAAGAAGGAACUGGUACAGAAGUUCUCCAAGUGCCCAGCUGUGAUUGAAGCAGAGAAAGGAGGCAAACUGCAGAUGUUUGAGGGCUUUGUCAGCGGUGAAUACACAGAACUGGUCCCAAGCCAAAGACUUGUCCUGAAGUGGCGGUGUAGGAGCUGGCCUGAUGAACAUUAUGCAACAGUGGCCUUGAACUUCCAGGACCUGGUGGCUCAGUCUGAACUGGAGCUGGAAUGCAAAGGGGUUCCCAUCUCCCAUGAAGAGAGUACAAGACAAUGUUGGAAGAAGCAGUAUUUUGAAGAAAUACAUAUUUUACUGCAGCAAUCAAAAGACAGCAUGGAAUGAUAGCACUGUAGUUUUGUUAGGGCAUUACUUUUUAUACUUUGUUAACAUUUGCUUUUCUAAAAAAAGAAAAAUAUAAUUUAUUUGUGGGAAGAAUAAAGGCCCACUUCUAUAAGACUGUAAAUAGUUUAAGCACUAUUUAUGGGUUUUUAGGGAAUGAGAGGCAAGUCAGACUGUGUAUAUCAACAGCUUUGCUCUGGGACAGUGAUUGCUGUUCUGCUUGCCUGCUACUCCAGAGAGUGACAAUGAUUCAGCUGCAGUGAGUCCUGCCCUCAGAGGUAGGUGAGUUAUACCAUCACUAGGAAGCAUUUCCAGUUCCCUAAUAGUCAGUGUAUCAAGUGGCAGAAUUAAAUCCAGGUAGGAGACUGAGCUCCCAGCAGAGGUGAGCUGAAAGGGAUUACAAAACUGCUGAUCCGUUUCAGGAAAUGGAGGGGGUUUCGUUUACAGCCUCGUGGAAUACUUGCUAGUUGCUUUUAACUGCAGACUCUUUGCAGCUGCAGUUUUAGAACAGAUAAUUAACAGUGUCAUGUAAUUACUAGGUCUGCAUGCACUAUCCUCCCUUACUUGACCUCAGUGUGACAUUUAUUUAUGAAGAAACAGUAGUGCUUGCUUUCUGCAGUUCUGUAAAACCUUCCACUGAAAUGAUUUACAGCCCUCUGCAAUGUUGUACCUCAGAGAGAAUAACUGUUAAAAGAAUUUGGACGGGAACAAAUUGUAAUUCCUAAUUACAAUUG